AUGCUAAGCAUAGUGGAAGGACUCCUCAUUUUUAUCGCAGUUAGUGAAUCAAUACUGGGGGUUUUAGGGAAUGGAUUUAUUGGACUUGUAAACUGUACUGACUGUGUGAAGAACAAAAAGUUUUCCAUGAUUGACUUCAUUCUCACUGGCUUAGCUACUUCCAGAAUUUGUCUGAUAUUGAUAAUAAUUGUAGACGGAUUUAUAAAGAUAUUCUCUCCAGAUAUGUAUUCUUCUGGUAACCUAAUUGAUUAUAUUAGUUACUUGUGGGUAAUUAUCAAUCAAUCAAAUAUCUGGUUUGCCACCAGCCUCAGCGUCUUCUAUUUCCUGAAGAUAGCAAAUUUUUCCCACCACAUUUUUCUCUGGUUGAAGGGUAGAAUCAAUAGGGUUCUUCACCUUCUGAUGGGAUCCUUGUUUAUUUCAUGGUUAUUUACUUUCCCACAAAUUGUGAAGAUUCUUAAAGACGAUAAACCGAGAAAUGGAAACGCAGCCUGGCUGUUCAAGGAACCGAAGAGUGAGUUCUUUACGAAGCAGAUUUUGAUCAACCUAGGAGUCAUUCUCCUCUUCACGCUCUUCCUGAUUACAUGCUUCCUGUUACUCAUUUCCCUUUGGAGACACAGCAGGCGGAUGCAACUGAAUGUCACCGGAUUCCAAGACCCCAGAACAGAAGCGCAUAUGAAAGCCAUGAAAGUUUUGAUAUCCUUUAUCAUCCUCUUUAUCUUGUAUUUUAUAGGCAUCGCCAUAGAAAUAGCUCAUUUCACCGCGCCAGAAAACAAGUUGCUGUUUAUUUUUGGUAUGACGACCACAGUCGUGUAUCCCUGGGGUCACUCAUUCAUCCUAAUUCUCGGAAACAGCAAGCUCAAGCAAGCCUCUCUGAGAGCCUUGCGGCGGUUCCAGUGCUGCUCCCUGCGGCACAGACUCGCGCAGGUAGAAAUGGAUGUUCUGGGAGAAUAA